AUGCAACGAUGGUUCUACGAGAGGAAAAGUGCAUCCACGAAAUGUAGUACGACUGUGACACCAAAAAUUGAUGAUGAAUUGAGAAAAUCAUUGGAUGCCAGUGCAACUUUACCAGUACGAAAUUUGGACGAAUUCGUUUUUGAGGUAGGUAUAGCUACCAAACUUUGUACUAUCGACUUUAUAGGUAACACAUGUUCAUGUCGAGAGUUUCAGAUACGACAAAUCCCAUGUUCACAUGCAUCUCGAGCUGCUUGCGCAAAAGAAAAAUCAUUGUAUGAUUUGUGCUCCCCUUACUACACCACAGAAUGUUGGCGAGCUGCGUACAAUGAAGUUUUUCACCCCGUCGGCCGAGAGUCAGAUUGGAUUGUUCCUCAGUCUAUUCGUUAUGUCAAAGUUUUGCCCCCGAAUAUACGUAGAACUAGGUCAACCUCCUACCCAACGUCAACGGUCAAGAACUGA